GUCCGCGAAAAUUAAUCAGGUGCAUUCGCACAAGUCACUUCAUAUUUUACAUAUGUUCACCCUUUUCAAAAAUACAUUUCCAUCCUGCAACACAACCAUAGUGCAAUCAAUUAAAUCAUUACAUUUAAACUCAACAAGAUAGAACAAGUUGUUAGGAAGAAAUAUAUACAAGAAAUUGACUAACAAACAUAAAAAUUCUCGUACCACCCUCAAUCCCUAUAACUUGAGAAUCCACUUGCCCUGGUUUGCAUGAGACAGCAUCGUCUUGCGUUUGUUUCAUUUCCAACAAAAACAUGGACGUUCGCGACAUGGCAUACCGUUACUUAACCCAACUAAACCACACUUCCGCCACUCAAACCAUCGCACGUGCCGUUCAUGCACACAUCCUCAUCUCCGGUUUCAAACCAAACACUUUCAUCCUCAACCGUCUCAUCAACUUCUACUGCAAAUCCUCCAACAUCACUUAUGCUCGCAAACUGUUCGAUAAAAUUCCCAAACCAGAUAUAGUCGCAAGAACCACCCUUCUCUCUGCAUAUUCCUCCUCCGGUGAUGUCAAACUCGCCCGACAACUCUUCAACGCCAUCCCACUCACUAUUCGCGAUACCGUCAGUUACAAUGCCAUGAUCACUGCCUACUCUCACGGUAAUGAUGGCCACGCUGCACUCAAUCUCUUUGUUCAAAUGAGAAGACAGGGCUUUUUACCCGAUCCUUUUACGUUCUCCAGUGUGCUUUCUGCUCUCUCCAUCAUAGCAGACGAGGAGUGGCAUUGUCAAAUGUUGCAUUGUGAGGUUAUCAAAUGGGGAACAUUGUCUAUACCUUCUGUAUUGAAUGCGCUUUUGAGUUGCUAUGUUUGUUGUGCUUCUUCGCCUUUGGUCAAAUCAUCUCAGUUGAUGGCUUCUGCUAGGAAGGUUUUUGAUGAGGCUCCUAAGAAUCAGGUGUAUGAACCCUCAUGGACUACCAUGAUUGCUGGUUAUGUGAGGAAUGAUGAUCUCGCUGCAGCGCGUGAGCUUCUUGAUGGAAUGACUUACCCUAUUGAUGUUGCUUGGAAUGCCAUGAUUUCUGGUUAUGUUCGGCGUGGUUUAUACGAAGAGGCGUUUGACACGUUCAGGAGAAUGCAUUCGAUGGGAAUGCAGGAGGAUGAGUAUACUUACACCAGUUUGCUUAGUGCCUGUGCUUCUUGUAGUGCGAGGAGGGGGAUGUUCAAUUAUGGAAGACAGGUGCAUGGUUAUAUUCUCAGGACAGUGGUUGAGCCAUCACAGCAUUUUGUUUUGUCUGUUAGCAAUGCUUUGAUUACUUUCUACACUAAGUACGGUAGAAUGAUGGAGGCGAGGCGAGUCUUUGAUAGAAUGCCUGUGAGAGAUAUUGUUUCCUGGAAUGCUGUUUUGUCGGGGUAUGUUAAUGCACGACGCAUUGAGGAAGCUAAUUCUAUUUUCAGGGAGAUGCCAGAGAGGAACGUGCUGACUUGGACAGUGAUGAUAUCUGGUUUGGCGCAAAAUGGUUUUGGAGAAGAAGGUUUGAAGCUGUUCAACCAGAUGAAGUUAGAGGGACUAGAACCAUGUGAUUAUGCUUACGCUGGGGCGAUUACAUCUUGUGCUGUUCUUGGUUCGUUGGACAAUGGGCAACAAAUUCAUUCUCAAGUAAUUCGAUUGGGUCAUGAUUCAGGCCUCUCCGCCGGCAAUGCGCUGAUUACCAUGUAUGCGAGGUGUGGUGUUGUUGAAUCUGCUGAAUCCGUGUUUCUCACAAUGCCUUAUGUGGAUUCAGUAUCUUGGAAUGCCAUGAUUGCAGCUCUUGCACAACAUGGACAUGGUGUCCAAGCCAUUGAGCUUUUUGAACAGAUGUUGAAGGAGGAUAUUUUACCUGAUAGAAUAACUUUCCUCACAAUACUUACUGCUUGCAACCAUGCAGGCUUGGUCAAAGAGGCACACCAUUAUUUUGAUACAAUGUGCACUCGUUACAGUAUAACCCCAGGAGAGGAUCAUUAUGCCCGUUUGAUUGAUUUGUUAUGUCGUGCGGGUAUGUUCUCAGAAGCAAAGAGUGUAAUCAAAGCAAUGCCUUUUGAGCCCGGUGCACCAAUUUGGGAAGCUUUUCUUGCUGGUUGCCGGAUUCACGGGAACAUUGAAUUGGGCAUUCAAGCUGCUGACCGACUCCUUGAGCUUAUUCCACAGCAAGAUGGAACCUACAUAAUUCUUUCCAAUAUGUAUGCUGCUUUAGGUCAGUGGGACGAAGUGGCCAGGGUGAGGUUACUGAUGAGGGAACGGGGAGUGAAAAAGGAACCUGGUUGUAGUUGGGUUGAGGUUGAAAACAUGGUCCAUGUCUUUUUGGCUGAUGAUGCUAGGCACCCUGAGGUACAAGCGGUGUACACAUAUCUGGAGCAACUGGUACAUGAAAUGAGGAAAUUGGGGUAUAUUCCUGAUACAAAGUUUGUACUGCAUGAUAUGGAAUCUGAGCACAAAGAACAUGCCUUGUCUACCCACAGUGAAAAGCUGGCUGUUGCAUACGGAAUUAUGAAGCUUCCUUUAGGAGCUACAAUUCGUGUUUUCAAAAAUUUGAGAAUAUGUGGAGACUGUCACAAUGCAUUCAAAUUUAUUUCCAAAGUAGUGGCAAGAGAGAUAGUUGUGAGAGAUAGGAAGAGGUUUCAUCAUUUUAAAAAUGGAGAAUGUUCUUGCGGCAACUACUGGUAGGAAGAGGUUCUGCUAUUUGAUUGUCAUCGAAGGUUAACGAUUGUCAAAAUUGAUCAAGUGGAUUUAGAAUAUAUAUGAAUGGAGCCUGGAGCUUUCACAAUCUGAAAUUCAAAAUUGAGACUGAUAUUGACCCCAAAAUGUUCUCAAAAAGAUGGACAUGCCAAAGCCACAUUGGAAAAGAUGUCCAUGAUCCUCAGUUUGUUUUGGUGGUCUAGUGGGUGGGAAUUUGUCUUCUCCUAUUGCAUCCGCUUGCACUGCUAGAGUUGAUUAUUGCUAUUUCAUGUCAUAAAGAAUGGAGGUGGUACAGUGAUUAAACACAGCAGCACCUUCUGGUUGGUAGCUGUAGUGUUGCAUGCCAUCUCGAUAACCAUGACUUAGGCAGGGUGGAAGGAGCUAUGAGGCGGUACUAAUGCCGUAGCUUCUUUGAUUUGAGAAAGAGAGAGAUUACAGAAUUUUGUGCCCCGUGAUCGACUCUCUGUUCAGUGCUCGUCAAUGUUAAGGUAAGACCAAAGAACAGCCUAAAGCACAAAACUCUGUAUCAGUAAAGUCUGAGAAGUUUUAGAUAUGCUCUCUAUAAACAUGACUCUGGCAAUUGACUUAUUUGUAUUUAUUUUCUGACAUAAGUGUUUGUGACACUAUUUGAGAGAGUUUACAAAAUCAGCUUAAGAUA